CAGUACUCCCGCCCCUUCUCAAGUAGAAUACGGAGAUACCUGUGGUAGCAUGACACAGUGUAAUACCAACAAUUCAAUUUGUAAUGGAUCUGGCAUCUGUGCAUGUGAUGACACUCACUACUACGACGCAGCCCACGACAUCUGCAGUCAGAAAGUGGUUUACGGCGUUAACUGUGACAAUACUACACAGUGUCAUACCACAAAUGCAGUUUGUAAUGGAUCCGGCAUCUGUGCAUGUGAUGACACUCACUACUACGACGCAGCCAGCGACACUUGCGUUCAGAAAAAAGCCUUCGGCGAUGAUUGUACUGAGAUGUCCCAGUGUGAAACAACCUCAGACUCCAACAUUUUGUGUAUACAGACUGCAACAGGCAUGAAGUGUCUCUGUACGGAUGGAUGGUAUAGGCCAGAUGCAACAUCUUGCGCUGAAACUAGCCCACUAAAACCAGACAUCACAGAUACACCAUCUGCAGGAACAGGUAAUAUUUACAUCAGCUGGACCAAUAUCGAUGCCACUGGAGGGUACACAUCCAGCUAUACAGUAACGUGGUCUCCAGGAUCUCCAGGAUCUUCAGGAUCUUCAACAUCUGCUGGGAUAACCCAGAAGAGCUACAACAUCCAGCCCCUGUCUCCAGGAACAGCAUACACUAUCACAGUUAGACACACCAUCACAAAUCACGGCAGGAGUCAGACGAUUACCUCGGAUCCAAAGACAUUUACAACAAGGAUUGGCUACAACGAACCCUGCACACAACCUAAUUUGUGUUACGAUGCCAAUGCCAACUGUCACAACGGUACAUGUCGCUGUGAUCCGAGAUUCUACCGAACUACAACCUGUGUCAGCAUCAACCAACUUCGUCCUACCACUGUGACGGCAGUCGCACAAAGCACAACCACCAUGACAGCAACAUGGACAGCUCCUUCUAACGCCGUCGUUACCGGGUACGAGGUGGCGGUUAUACCAGGGGACAUUACUCCAAUCAGUGUCGACAAAGACAGCAGGACCAAGCCCAUCACAGGUCUGAUACCGGGGAGAGUAUACACUGUGAACGUGAAGACAAAUAUUACCUACCUGCAAGGACGAAAUGAGAUGACUGAUGCUCUAUCUGCAUCACCAAAGCAAACAACGCCGGCUUCUGUCACGGGCCUGGACAUGACCCAAACCAACUUGACCGCUCCCAACAUUACCAUUGUCUUCGUGAAGGCUGCAGGGGAUGCCACCAUGUACAUUGUGACGCUCAGAGGACUGGAUGGAGAUACAUACAUCCAACAACGUCAACCUGUCAACACUGGACAGGGUCUAAUCUCUGUCGUCUUCACUGGUGUUGUCGCAGCUGUAUCGUACAACCUGAACAUACUAACACAGAGUGGGAACCUCCAGAGUGUACCCUAUACCGCUGUGAUACGAGCUGUGUCAACUCCUGCCGGAAUAGUUACCAAUCUGAAGUCGUUUGACAACACGCCCCGCUCUGUUGCUGUGGAAUGGAGCAGACCAGUCAACCCGAACGGGCAGACCCAUGAAUACAUUGUCGACGUGAGGACGGGUAGUCCCUCAGUGUGUGUGAAACGGGUCAUCAUCAACUGCACUGAAUGUAUCAGAGAAAUGGCAAACUUUACAAAGAUGGAGACCGAAUGUGACCCAACCAUGACUGUGGUGAUAACCCAGACUGACAUUGAAAACACCGCCCACGCCAUACAGCACAACAUAACAGGCCUGAACCCAGAUACAUCCUACGCCAUAGACGUUGUAGCUGUUAAUGAAGAGGGGCCAGGAACAACCGACCAAAUUAAUCUACACACACCCGAGGAAGGCGCUGGUAGCACUACGAACUUCAAGGCACAGAGCAGGUCAUCAAGCGAGAUAACUCUGACAUGGGAUCCUCCACAACCCCGACCUGGUGUCACUCAGUACAACAUAACUAUUUAUGAAAAACAGGAAGACAGCGAGGGUUACUACACUCUGAAGUUCAUAGCACUUUCAGGGUGGGGAAUCAAGACGUACACAUUUGGAAAUCUCUCCAACUAUUGGCUUUACAAGUUUGAUAUAGCAGCUGAAACACGCAUUGGUGCUUCAGCCAUUAUCACAAGCGGCCCUGAGAUGACGAUGGAGUCAGAGCCGACGGGUGUAUUGGAACUGAAAGUCGAGGACAUCACUGAUGUGUUUAACCAGGUACAAGUGUCGUGGAAGUGUCCCAAACAGAAAGAUGGUAGAAAUGGACGGAUUGUUAACGCCAAUCUGCAUUAUUUCACAAAACAACAGUCGACAUAUAAUCCUAUAAGCAAGAAUGAGAACUUCACCAAUAACGGGGACUGCAUUUGGAAUGUGAAGGUGACCGUAACUACAGAAUUCAAGUAUCUUUUCGAGGUACGUCUCUACAACAAAGGGUUUGCAGGCUCUGUUGUCGGUGUAAGCAAAGACAUAGUGGGAGGUGCCCCACUGCAGUCGGCAGUUAUGGAAUCUGUGAAAAAAGGAGCAGGAGAAACAGAGCAAACGGUGACACUGAACAUCUGCCCGAAGUGUCUGAAUGAUCGAACAAACGGUCAAGUAAAUAUCACCGGGAUGAUGGUGUGUAAGAAAGGAGCAAGCUGUGGACAAAGCAGAAAACGUCGCGCAACAACCUCUGCUGCGGACUAUAACAAAAUUGCUAACUGGAAUGUGGCCAGUGGAUAUAGUUUCAACGUGGAGUACAGGGCAACAAAGCCAGAUUGGCUUGCUGGAAAUGUUGGUAAACCCACUUUGACCUUUACGCUAGGGGAGAAAGAUUGCACUGGAAACCUGCCAGGCGUUUUCUGUAACGGGAAACUCCCUGCAGGAGAAACAUUUAAUGUUUACGCUUUCACGUGCACAAAUCAUGGGUGCACCACAAGUCAACAAAUUGAAGUUACAGCAAAAGCUUCGUUCCCAAUUGCUGCUGUGGUCGGAGGACUAGUUGCUGCAGUUGUCGUCAUCGUUGUUGUGAUCGUCGUCGUGGUUAUCCGUAGACGAAGAAAAGCACACAAGGAGAGGCCUAAGAAGAGCAGAGAUGAAGUCAUCGCAAAUGAUCAGGUCCGCCCAGAGCAAGAUGACGUAUACGACAAGAUUCCCGAUGGUCAGAUGGUGACUGUUGACAAAAGCCACAGUACUGAGGGUUAUGUAAAUUAUGUGUCAGGGCAAUCCCCUCGGGACACAGACAAUACCUAUGACGCACUUACCACUUACCAGAAUGUAGAUGGUCAUGAUUAUGGGAGGAUAAAUGUUGAAACCAGUUUUAAAUAAAUAUACAAGUAGCAAUAGCAAAAUGAUUACCAUAGGUUCUAAAAUGAAAUCAUGUAUAGUACAUGCAGCCAACCUUUUCAAAUGCUAGUGCUGUUUAGUUUGUGAAUGGUGAGUACUCAGGAUAUUAAUCAAUGUUCAUGUACGUGACAGGUGAAAUGUUUUAAAUAUAAGUAGCGAUAGUAAAUUGAAUACCAUAUAUUCUGAAAUG